AGGCACAGGGUUUAUAAUUGAGUCCUCGCCCCUGACAGGGCACAGGACAGGCAGGUUAGACCGGAUUCCCAUCCGGCAGGGCAGUGACGGAGCUAAGAGGGCCCCUCUGUCCGCUUGUCCGCAAAGCCCGUCCCUCUUCAUGCUGUCUUCGUGUGCGUGCAUUUAAGUGCCCUGCAGCAGGCCGGGAUCCUGGUCCAAGGGACAGGAGACGUGCUGGUCCGGAGGGCUGUCCUGAGUGCUCCAGGGAGCCCAGACAGGAUGUCGGGACACAGCCGUCCUAUCCUGGUCAAGCAGACCCCUGCUACCUGCUCAUCUGGGAGCCCCCGGGGCCCUGCUCUUCCUCUUCGCUUGAGGGGGUCUCCCUGGGACUUUGGGGCUCUGCCGAAACCCGCGGCUUGGCCUAGACAAGGACGGCGCCGAAGGCCCGGCGGCCCUGCCCUGCUCUGUGCAGCCAGCAGCGCGAGCCGCUGGUCUGGGGAACCUCCAUUUCUCCUGCUCUGUCCGCAGGGUGGGGGUGGGGUGGGCCCGGAGCCUCUGCCUUCCCCGACACCAGCCCAGGUGGUCUCAGGGCCUGUGGAGUGAGCCAAGUGGAGAGAAUGUCCCCUUGUGUCCAUUCAGCCUUUGGGGACACAUGGCAUGUGCACCUGCUUCCUGCUUGGGGACAACUGCCCCUUGGAUGCAGACUGGGGGCGGGCCAGGGGCUUCCAGCACACAGGAAGCUGCUCUCAGAGCCCCAGAGGCUGUGGUGGGGGUGGGGCGGGCAGUGGGGUGGGCCUGCGUGCCGCCCACGAGAGCCUUUCGGGAGCAGGUGGCCCUGGGCCGAGGUGGACUGAGGCGGACACGUCUGUCUGUUUGGGGGACCUCAGGAGAGGAGGCCGAGCCAGCGGCAAGGCCUCCCGUGUGUCCCGGCGAGGCCACUCCUGCGGCGGGUGCUCGUUCUCGUGACCGGUCACCCCUCUGCAUCCUGUCUCCUCAGACACGCACUGGCCGUGCCUGUGUGUGGGGGGCUUGAUCUGCCGAGAGGGGUACUCUGAGCGUGACGUGGGGUGUUUUGCUCUCUCCCGCCUCCCUGCCUCGCCCUCCCCUCAGUGCCCUCAGGUGUCAGUUACCUCCCGGUGCCUGGCGGUGGGCCUCUGGCUGCUCCAAGUUCGGCGUGUGGCACCCCUGCCCCUAUUGCCUGCGGCCCCCUGGGCCUCUCUGCUCACUCACUCCCGUCCCUGCGGUGGAGGGGGGGGUGGGGGAGGGGGGGCUGGGCCAGCCCUCAUUUGCCUUGUGCAAAUCAGAGAAAGAGGCCUCCACGUGCACCCCAAAUGUCUGAGCAGGGUGGUGGCGGCAGCUGGGGCACCUUCCCCGAGAAGCCUGCGGCCGUGGGUGUGGGACGCAAGCUCCUUCUGUCUCCGAGGCUCCUUCCUGCGUGAGCAUGGGGGCCCCGCGCGUCCCCGAGCGGACAGUGCUCUUCCAGCGCGAGAGGAGCGGCCUGACGUACCGCGUGCCCGCGCUGCUGCCCGUGCCCCCCGCGCCCACCCUGCUGGCCUUCGCGGAGCAGCGGCUCAGCCCCGACGACGCGCACGCGCACCGGCUGGUGCAGAGACGGGGCACGCUGGCGGGGGGCUCCGUGCGGUGGGGCGCCGCGCGCGUGCUGGGGACGGCCGCCCUGGAGGAGCACCGGUCCAUGAACCCCUGCCCCGUGCACGACGCGCGCACGGCCACCGUCUUCCUCUUCUUCAUCGCCGUGCGGGGCCGCACCCCCGAGGCCGCGCAGAUCGCCGCGGGCAGAAACGCCGCGCGCCUCUGCUGCGUGACCAGCCGGGACGCGGGGCGCAGCUGGGGCGCCGCCCGGGACCUCACGGAGGAGGCGGUGGGCGGCGCCGAGCAGGACUGGGCCACAUUUGCCGUGGGCCCGGGCCACGGCAUCCAGCUGCGCUCAGGCCGCCUGCUGGUGCCUGCCUACACGUACCACGUAGACCGGCGCGAGUGCUUUGGCAAGAUCUGCAGGACCAGCCCGCAUGCCUUCACCUUCUACAGUGACGACCACGGUCGCACCUGGCGCCACGGAGGCCUGGUGCCCAACCUUCGCUCGGGCGAGUGCCAGCUGGCCGCGGUGGACAGCGGGCAGGCCGGCCACAUCCUGUACUGCAACGCCCGGAGCCCCCUGGGGAGCCGUGUGCAGGCGCUCAGUGCGGAUGAGGGCACCUCCUUCCUGCCCGGGGAGCUGGUGCCCGCCCUGGCCGAGACCGCCCGGGGCUGCCAGGGCAGCGUCCUUGGCUUCCCUGCCCCGCUCUUUAGCAGGCCGAGGAAUGGUAGAUGGCCAGUGGGUGCCGGGAGCCACUCCUACUCUCCACACCUCUGUCUUGGAGUCCAGGAACCCUCAGAGGAGGGUACUGGAGACACCCAAGGGGCCCAGGGGCCCAGCGGGAUGGAGGGAUGUAGGGACAGCCCUGAAGAGCCUGGCCUGGGGCCUGGGCUCCGUGGGAUCAUGGCGGCCUGGACCUCGAAGGUCCCCGGGCCCCCUGCCACCCUGUCUCAGAGCCCCACCUGGCUGCUGUAUUCCCACCCGGUGGGGCGCAGGGCUCGGCUCCAUAUGGGAAUCUAUCUGAGCCGGUCCCCCCUGGAUCCCCACAGCUGGACGGAGCCCUGGGUGAUCUAUGAGGGGCCCAGCGGCUACUCUGAUCUGGCAUCCGUCGGGCCAACUGUCAAGGGAGCCCUGACCUUUGCUUGUCUGUUUGAGAGUGGGGCCAGGGUCUCCUACGAGGAGAUCUCCUUCUGCAUGUUCUCCCUUGGUGAGGUCCUGCAGAACCUGCCGCCGGGCCCCAAGCCACCCGGCCUCGGGGACAAGCGUCUGGAGCACUGCCGGCCUUCCUGACGGGCUCUCUGGUCCGACCCAUUUGUACAUACCUCAUAGUAUGCUUUGAAAUAAGAAACAAAAGUGGGCAGACUUCUAGGAGACAUAGAUCCACAGUUACAGUAGAAAAUUGUAGAUACAAGUCUCAAUGACAGAGUGAGCAGACAAAAUCAGGCUGCACACAGAAGCUUUGGCCAACUUGCCCAAGAAGCUUCACUCAGUGGACACACGCACAGCACUGCACAGAACAGAAUCUACAGUCUGUUGGAGUACACGUAGGUGUGAAAAUUGACAUUAUAUUGGAUUAUGAAGUCAAGUCUCUAGAAGACUUCAAAGGAUUGAAAAGUACAGUGAAAUUGAGCUGGAAAUGAAAACAAAAGGAAACUUAAAAUCUUCCUUGUGGGGGCACCUGGGCGGCUCAGUCAGUUCAGCAUCCGACUCUUGAUUCCGGCUCAGGUCGUGAUCUCGGGGUUCCUGGGACCGAGCCCUGCGUUGGGCUCCGCGCUGAGCUUGGAAUUCUGUCCCUCCCUCUCCCUCUACCCCUUCCUCGCUUCUCUGUGUCUCUCAAAAAAAAAAAAUUUUUUUUUUCCAAUCUUGUGUCUGAAAAUUGAGAAACACAAUUCUGAAUUACCCCUGGUUCAAAGAAGAUGCUACAGUGAAAAUGGAAAAAGACGUUGAAGUUAAUUGUGUGAGUGCUGCAGGCGAUCUGUGAGUUGAGCUGAGCCAGGUGGGUCCCGUGGGGGCGGGGGUGGGGGGAGGCGCCGUGAUGCCAGCACCUUAGAAAGUGGCAGUGAGUGAAGUCCAAGGGAGCAGCAGAAUUAGAGGGACAGGAGACUUCAGACACCAGAGGGAAUGGCCAGAGCCAGAGCUGGGUUUUUAGAAAGCUAGUAAAACUGAUAACCCCCUCGAGGGGCUGGUCAUAAAAGACACAAAACACACAAAUCCAAUAUCAGGAACGAGAUGGGACACACGAGGAGGGCCCUACAGAUGUUCACCGGUUUCAAGAAGAUACUAGGAACCAUUUAUAUGAAUGGACAAUUCCUGGAAAAAUACUAAACUUAUUAAAGACGAAAUAGCUUGAAAAAUCCUAUUAAAGAAGUUAAUCUGGAAUUUAAAAUCUCCGCACACUGGGGCACCUGGGUGGCUCAGUAGGUUGAUUGUCCGACUUCGGCUCAGGUCAUGAUCUCGCGGUUAGUGGGUUCAAGCCCCGCGACGGUUUCUGUGCUGACAGCCCAGAGCCUGGAGCCUGCCUCAGAUUCGGUGUCUCCCUCUCUCUCUCUGCCCCUCCCCUGCUCGCACUCUGUCUCUCUCUCAAAAAUAAAUAAAACAUUAAAAAAAUAAUGAAAAAUAAAAAAAAAUAUGUGCAUUCUAGGAAAACUGCAGGAGUACAUGCUUUCCCCGUGAAUUCCGCCAAACAUUUCAGGAUACCUGCUGGUUUAUCGGAUAGUUUCGCUUCGCAAGAAAUUGCCCAGCCUGUUUUCCAAAGUGGCCGCAGCUCGUCUUUGGUGAGGUGUCUGUUUAGAGCCUUCGCCCCUUUUUUAACUGUGCUGUUUGCCUUCUCAUUGGGAGUUUUAAGACUUGUUUGCAUGCUUUGGCAAGUGAGCAUAUGGAAAGAUGCCCCCAUGGGGAAGACCAAGUAAAACAAAGAGCAGGACGCGAUUAGUUUAUCAGCGCGGCGGGUCCGGUAGGCUGACAGCGCCGCCUGCUGGCGAGGGGUGGAGCAGCAGGAGCGUUCUCCUGCCGCGGGCGGGGCGGCCACGUGGGAAGACAGCGUCACCGUCUCUUACAAAACUGAACAAACUCUUGCCGUAGGAUCCAGCAAUUGUGUUCCUUGGUAUUUAUCCAAAUGAGUUGAAAACCCACGUCUACACAAAAACCUGCACAUGGUGUUUAUAGCGGCUUUAUUCAGAAUUGCCAAACCUUGGAAGAAAUCAAUGUCCUUGAGGAGGUGAACGGACAAACUGGUCUAUCCAGACAGCGGGAGAUUACUCAGCGCCAAAAAGCAACGCGCUAUCGAGCCAUGAAAAUACAUGGAGGAACCGCGAAGGUGCGUCACUAAGUGAAAGAAGCCAGUGUGACAGGGUUACGUACUGUGCGAUUCCAUAUGACAUCCUGGAGAAGGCGGACCUUGGAAGACAGUGAAAAGAUGGGUGGCUGUCAGAGGUUGUGGGGAGGAGAGGGGUGUGUGUGGGGCACGGAAGGUUCUUGGGGCAGUGAGGGCAGCGAGUGCCAUACUAUAAUGGUAGGUACAUGUCACCGUACAUCUGUCCAAACCCACAGAGUGCACAUCACACGAGUGAGCCCUGAUGUGAGGUACCAGAUCACUGCUGGUUCAUCAGUUAGGACAGAUGUGCGCCACCAGUGGGGGAUGCUAACCUCGGGGACACUGUGUGUGCGGGGGGCAUGGGGGUGGCGUACUGAGACUUACUGCUCAGUUCUGUAAACCUAAAACCGCUUUAAAAUAUAUCUACUAAUUCGGGCGCUUGGGUGGCUCAGUCGGUUGAGCAUCCGACUUUGGCUCAGGUCGUGAGCUCACAGUUUGUGAGUUCGAACCCUGCGUCGGGCUCUGUGCUGACAGCUCGGAGCCUGGAGCUGCUUCGGAGUCUGUGUCUCCCUCGCUCUCUGCCCCUCCCCCGCAUGUGCUCUGUCUCUGUCUCUGUCUCUCCCAAGAAUAAAUAAACAUUAAAAAAAAUAUGUCUACUAAUUU